CACUCGCAGGUCGAAACUGCUGCUGCACCUUUUCUGCGCAGUUAGUACUCACCCCCCUCCUCGUGUGUGUGAACCUGAAAAGUUGUUUAAUUGUAAUCAUGUUUUUUACUGAUCGUGAUUGAAUUGGAUUAAUUUGCAUCUUAGGUUUUAUAGUCUUUAAACGGUCUCAAUUCCAUUCAUGCUAGAUCAAAUCACACUGUUAGUUAUUGUAGUCUUACAGACAUCCUCAAAGCCUGGUUUUAGUGGAACUUUUUCACUUGAGUUAUAAAUAAAACCGGAAGUGUCUAAAGAAGUGCUCUUAUUUUGAAGAGCGGAAGUGUUCGAACGUUGAAAUUAUGAAACCGGUGGAAAGGAGGUGAAACGCUAGCUGACAGAUGUUUACUAAAAAGUGGAUUUAUUCAUGAAGGAAACUCCUAAUUCGUUGCCAGUGGUGUGUAUGUGUGUUUGUCAAAGUCGCAGAUCAUGUCUGCAGUCCAGAUUGCCCUGCAACACAACCAGAACAGUGCCAGAGGUAAAAACUCUAAAGCGAUGUCUGGAGAGGCAUCGCCAGACUCCAAGUGCCCCAUUUGCUUGGACAGAUUCAACAACAUUUCCCACUUGGACCGCUGCCUGCACAAGUUCUGUUUUCGCUGUAUCUUGGAGUGGUCCAAAAACAAGGCCGAAUGUCCGCUCUGCAAACAGCCGUUUAGGUCAAUCUAUCACAGCGUGAAGUCAGAUCAAGACUUUCAGAGGUAUGAAAUCAAACAGCAGGUGGAGAAUGCCUCUUUUGGCUAUUUUGAGGGAGUGCGGUUCAGAUACCGAACAACUUUCACUGGAGUUCGAGCAACGAGACGAACCUCUCCUCCUCCAGACAACGGAGUCAUGUUCGAAGCCGCGACACGCCCGACCCUGGAGCAGCACCGAGAUCAUUACAUUCGACGCAUGAUGACGAGGUUGGAAGCCAAGAGGCGAGCUGCGAGGGAAGGCAGGGCGGUGAACAGUGUCAGAGAGCAAGAGAUGAUAAACUUCAGGAGGGAACUGUACCGACGGGGUGUGAGGGUUCAGAGCGUGAAAGAUGGCGGUCGGUCCCGAAACACCUCUGCUGAGUUUUAUCGAAGAAAUCCAGCCUGCCUGCACAGACUGGUCCCCUGGCUGAAGAGAGAACUGAUGGUUUUGUACGGGGCCCAUGGCUCUUUGGUCAAUAUAGUUCAGCACAUCAUCAUGUCACGCAUUACGCGUUAUGAUAUGGAGGAUGGAGCGAUCCAGGGAGAGCUCAGACCAUUCCUGCAAGGUCGAACCGAGCACUUUCUACACGAGUUCCUCAGCUUUGCAAAAUCCCCCUUCAAUAUGGAGGCCUAUGACCAACAUGCAGUCUAUGACUGCCCCGCCCCCUCCGGAAACGAAGGCAGCAGCUCCAACUCAUCUGUGAUUGCUAUCUCGGAGGAUGAGGAUACCUUUGCAGAAGUGGAUCCCCCAGGGGAACCUACUUCUCUUAGCCACUCUCUGUGGGACGACGAGACGCCUGGACCGUCAUAUUCCACUUCAGCCGAGCAGAGAGAAGCAACAGCGAUGACACCUUUGAACUUGGACUCAGAUAUUAGUUCAGAGGAGGAGAUGCAAGAGUUUGAGGCUUCUCCACACCGGCAGAGCUCACAUAACCCAGCUGGCGUGCCUCAGAGUAACCGCAACGAGGAAGACCGUGUGUCUUCUGACAGCGAGGACUGUGUCAUCAUAGGGUUUGUCAAACCGACAGCAGAGAGGACUCCUGAGCUGGUUCACCUCUCCUCUGACUCGAACGAGUCUGAGAUUGAGGAUACUGAAGAGGCACCUCUCCCGCCCCAUCACAUCCGUUUCACCAGUUGUAGCCCUGCAGCUUCACACAGAAGCGGCUCUGUCAAGGUGGGACAAAGCCCAGAAACAGAUCGCCAUCGUCAGUUGGAUUCAAAAGAAAGAUCUUUAACCUCCAGAACGCACAAAACAUCCAAAAAGCCAAACAGUAACAGAAAAAACAGGAGAUACGACAGCAAAGAUAGAGUGAAAGAUCGGCAUAAACCAAAGGACCGAGAGUACCGGAGGAAAAGGAGAAAUUCAAAAAGUAGAGAGCGCAGGCUCUCAAGCAGAAGUCCAGAGAACUCCAACAGCAGCCUCAGUUCUCAGUCUGCUGAAACCGAUUCUUCAUACUCCCGUGGCAGAGACUUCUCCAAGUCUGGCCCAGUUUAUAGAAGAAAGGACGGGGACCACAGCUACCAGUCGUACAGCCAUUACAGACGAGAUAAGAACGGUAGCGUGACGCGUUACACUCACAGACAGUCCUACUAUUACAGUAGCAACAAGUAUUCUCACUCUCGCUCCAGAAGCCGUAGUAGAGAUUCACAGAGACGGCACAGGAGGUGGUCCCAAUCCAGAAGUUGCUCCAGCUCCCCUUCAACAAAACGGAAGUCCCAUCACAACAAACCAGGUGGGAAACGAAAAUACAAAACCAGGCAUUUGGAGGAUUCAUCCAAAGACCUACUCCAAGACGCGCGUGCUGACGGUGACCCAGAGUUCUCAACAAAGCACAAGAAAAAGAGCAAAGAAAGGCGUCAUAAAACAUCCAGAAGGAGCAGCUGCAGCGUGGAAGACACCAAGAACAGAGAAGAACGCGACCGAAGCAAGCAUCACCAUAAGAAGAAGAAGAAACACAAGAAAACCAAAAGGCACAAGCAUGAAGCGCCAAAAUCCAAGAGCUCACUGGCUGUUAUCACUAUCGAUAGCGACUCUGAUUCCGUCUGUACUUUUGCUAAAAGCAUCCUCACUGAUGAGCAAGCUAACCCCCGAGCUGAGGACUGAUCCUCACCGGGUUUGACAUUAGCUGCCAAAGCUUGACAACAAUAAUCCUAAAUAUUUUUUGUUGAUGUUCAUCAGCCCACGACUAAAUGGACUUAUAAUGAAAGGUCCAGUUAUACUCUUAUCAUUUCACUGUAUUUAUGUACCACAAGCCCUCAGUGCCUCAGUUUGCUUUGUUGUUUAAGAUGACAACGUUGUUUUAUGGUAAACAUGUUCCUGCCAUCAAGGUGGGACAAAUCAUCACAUUUAAUCUGGUUUAUCCUUAGUAGAAAUUAAUUUUAUAUAAAAUUCUGAGAUUUUUUCAGGGGAAAAUGUUUCUUCUUAUUGCAAUAAGUCAGCAACAUUUUAUUGGCAGCUACUUCUACCUGCCUCUUGAUGUAAUUAUAUUUUACUGAUGCUAUUUAGAUUUUAAAAUGGGCUUUUGUGGUGGAUUUCAUUUAAUGUAAGAAUAAAUAUAUAUUGAUUUAA